UUCUACUUUGCUGUCGAGUAUAAAUGAUUCAUUUGGUCAGUUUCUUAUUUUUUCUCCUGAAGAUUUCCAACUUACCUGAGUUUCAAGUGUUAGAUAUAAUACAAUCGUGUACCAGUGCUCUACUCUUCUUAUUCUUAAUAUCAAAAUGAUUGCCCCAAUUGCUUCAAAAAGAAUUGCUCAAUGUACCGCCAGAAGAUUUUACUCAUCAAGCUCUGGUGGCAUGGAUCCAACUGUUAAGAAGACCUUGAUAUUGUCUUUCGGUGCUGUUGGUGUUGGUCUUGCAGCUAUGUUAGCAUAUUAUCCUCAAAAUGCUCCAAUCAAGAAGUUCUACCAGAAAUCUGAAGAACAUGCUAAAAGGGAUUAAGUUAUAAGCAAAUGUAGUGAAUAAUAUAAUACAAGAUUGUUAAUUCCAUAUUCUUUCAUUUCAUUCGAUUGAAAUUUCAAAUUUAGUUUCAAAUUCAAAUUCAGGUUUAAGCUCAAUUAAUUAUCUUUUGUUUUUGUCUUUGUUAUCUUUUUAUCUCUAUCUUUUUGUCUUUGUCAUCUUUUUAUCUCUAUCUUUUUGUCUUUGUCAUAUUUAAUAUAUGUUGUAUAAUCUUUUUAGCUUGUUUAUGCUGUUUUUUUUUAUUUAAUUCAUUUUUUUUUCUUUCUAUUUAUACAUGGGUAAUCUACUGAAUAAACAAUCAAAAAUUUGAAUCAA